GGCACCUGCGUGCAAGCCACAACUCACACCAAAUCCCAGUUCCUGGGUGGUCGUUUUGUCCUCGGUUUCGGCGUCAGCUUCUGUUGCGUAUCGGCCCCUUGCUAUGUCAGCGAGAUGGCUCAUCCCAAGUGGCGCGGCACCCUGACGGGUUUGUAUAACACGACCUGGUACAUUGGCUCCAUUAUCGCUUCGUGGGUCGUUUAUGGUUGCUCCUACAUUGAAAACAACGAAAACGCAUGGCGAAUUCCCAUCUGGUGCCAGAUGAUCACCUCUGGCAUCGUGUGCUUGGGGGUCUUUUGGUUGCCCGAGAGUCCCAGAUGGCUCAUGGCCCAAGACAGAUACGAAGAGGCUGCCAAAGUACUGGCCACCUACCACGGCGAAGGCCAACUCGACAAUCCUCUGAUACAGCUGCAACUUAAGGAAAUGGCCAAUCAGAUCUCGUCAGAGGCAUCCGACAAGAAGUGGUACGAUUAUCACGAGCUUUGGAACACUCACUCCGCCCGUCGCCGCCUUAUUUGCGUCCUCGGCAUGGCCUGCUUUGGCCAGGUCAGCGGCAAUAGCCUGUCCUCAUAUUACAUGGUCAAUAUGCUCAAGUCAGCCGGUAUUACCGACGAGCACAAGGUAUUGGCGCUGAACGGUAUCAACCCGGCCUUGUCGCUCAUCGGCGCCGUAACGGGAGCACGCAUGACCGAUGUCGUUGGCCGCCGUCCUCUUCUGCUCUACACAAUCGUCUUCUCUUCCAUCUGCUUCGCCAUCAUGACGGGUACCAGUAAACUCGCAAUGCCGGGCCACGUUGGCAACCUUGACGACGCUGGCACUCAGGCUCUUACCCCAUCCCAACGUGCUGCCGCUAACACCACCAUUGCCUUUAUCUUCAUAUUUGGCAUUGUCUUUUCUUUCGGAUGGACGGCCUUACAGUCCAUGUAUAUUGCGGAGACACUCCCCACAGCUACCCGCGCAAAAGGCACUGCUGUCGGAAAUUUCGCAUCCGCUGCCUCGUCUGUCGUUCUUCAAUAUUCCUCCGGGCCUGCUUUCGAGAAGAUUGGGUAUUACUUUUAUCUUGUUUUCGUGUUUUGGGACCUCAUCGAAGGUGUCGUGAUCUUCUUCUAUUUCCCUGAAACCAAGGAUCGCACCCUUGAAGAACUCGAGGAAGUGUUCUCGGCUCCUAACCCGGUCAAGAAGAGCCUGGAAAAGAGGAGUGCGCAGACAGUAUUGAACACCAUGGGAGCGCUGGACGACGAGAAAGUCACAAUCUAG